UCACCGCUCAGCGCUUAGCUGCCUCUUCUUAGCCGCCCUUCGAGAAGCGCCUUUGUGGCGUGACCGUGUCGCGCCACCGGAAAUGAACGCGCCGCAAUAAUUCGAAGCUGCCAUUUCGCCAGCAUUCCGCCGUGACACUGACAGCCUCUGAGCCUGGGAGACCGCCAUGUCCGCCGUCCAACAAAGGCCCCGCGCGUGUCCUUCCCAGCACGCCCCCUGGCAGGCUGCAGCCCACCCCCGAUCAUGGCCCUCCUCCGCGCCACCGACUCGCCUGAGUACACCGCCCGCACCCGCACGCCCUUCGCCCCGCCCCCGCCCUCACUCUCGAUCAAGGCCGUCCACGCAGCCGUACCCAAGCAUCUAUUUGCUCGAUCGACGCCAAGAUGUCUAUUCUAUGUCGGUCGCCACGUCCUCCUCACCUACUGCUUCUAUCUGUUCGCAACGCGCAUCGAUGUCCUCGUGGAGGUGUUGCUCGAUCGGUCUGGCAUGACGAGGGGAGGGCGCGUCGAGGAUGCGCUGCGAUGGCUUAUGUGGUGGACGUACUGGUUCUGGCAGAGCAUCGCGUUCAUGGGGAUCUGGACCCUCGGACACGAGUGCGGCCACGACGCGCUCUCGCCGAAGCCAUGGGUGAACGCGCUCCUCGGAAUGGGACUCCACACGUUCGUCCUCACGCCGUACUGGGCAUGGCGGGCGACCCACCGGUCUCACCAUAAAGGCACGAACAACCUCCACCGCGACGAGACGUACCACCCGCAGACGCGCGAGGAGUUCAACCUGCCGCCGGAAGAGAAGGCGAGUGCGAUCGACUACCACGAGAUGAUUGAGGAGACGCCGCUAUACACGCUUCGGAAGAUGGUCCUCCGGCAAUUCCUGGGCUUCCAGCUCUACUUGAUACAUAAUCGCAAGGGAAACCCGAAGUAUCCGCCUGGAACGAGUCACUACAAGCCGAGCUCGAAGCUCUUCCGGCCAGAGGAACGACACCUUAUCGUCGUCUCGGAUAUCCUGAUCGCGGGGAUGCUCGCGCUCCUCGGUGUCUGGGGGUGGAACUCGGGGUGGGGCACGGUGUGGAGGAUGUACCUCGUGCCGUGGCUGUGGGCCCAUAACUGGAUCGUGACGGUGACGUACCUGCAGCACUCGGACCCUACUGUGCCGUAUUACAGAGGCCAGUGGACGUUCCUCCGGGGCGCACUCGCGACGGUCGACCGGCCGAUCUUCGGCUGGGUCGGGCGGUUCUUCUGGCACGGCAUCGCGCACGACCACGUCGCCCACCACUUCUUCGUCGGGGUGCCGUUCUAUAACCUCCCUGACGUGACGGAGGCGAUCAAGCCCGUGCUCGGGGACUACUACUACUACGACUCGACGCCGACGCUCUACGCGCUCUGGCGGAGCUUCACGCAGUGCAAGUUCGUCGAGAGCACGGGCGACGUCGUGUUCUUCAAGAACAUGCGCGGCGAGGCCGUGCGGGGGUGCUCCGUCGCGGAUGUGUGUCCCGCGAAGGAAGCGGGUGUUGUUGAUGGUGCGAAGGAAGCGGCCGAGGCUGGAUUUGAAGGGGUGCAGGACGAGGAGGAUGUGAUGGGUGAAUGACAGAGGUGAUUCCAGGAAGUUGUUCUGUAUGUUGCUGAUCUAUGCUUGAAAUGCGAGUUUUGUCGGGCUGUACUACCAUUUGUUACAUAUGUCGGGUUCUCUAAGUGAAACUCCGUGGCAACGACAACUCGC